AUGCUCAUUCUGAAGAGGGAUGGAACCUCCUGGAAGUGAGUUGGCAACUGCCUGAAUCGGAGGAUAAACAGCUCUUUGGCAGAUACUCGGCGAAAGGUUGGACGUCCGUCUUCGAGCCAAUUUCAAAGUGCUCGUUUGAGGAAGCAGUGGGGGUACGUGGGCCGUCUCUGGGGAAAUUUGUGAAAACUUUUUUGCAGCGAACUGAACAAAAACCGUUUAUGGAGGACUCUCCGGCAAGGGUGAUCGCGUUGGGAAUCGUCGAUUCGAUGACUAUCAAGUAAGGGUUGGAAGGACCUCAGAGCAUUCAAUACGGACAAUUCCAGACCGUUAUUCCUACCGCAAGCCGUUCCGGAGCAACUUUUGAAGAACAUCAGUGCCGUCCACUCGCAUCCUCCCGCCUUCUUCGUCGGAACUUUCAUCUCGUACCUCAUGCGCUUCAAUCCAGAGACCAUCGCCAAACUGGAUCAGGCCUUGAAGGUGAUUCCGUUCUCAAAGGGACCGGUGGUCGGAUUGCAAAUCAGACGGACGGACAAAGUGGGCACGGAGGCGGCGUUCCAUUCGCUCAAGGAGUACGUGGAAUGGACCGAAAUCUGGUUCAAAGUCGAGGAGAAACGGCAAGGAAAACGACUGACGAGGCGCAUUUUCAUCGCUUCCGAUGAUCCGACAGUGGUCCCUGAGGCUAAGAAAGAGUGAGAGAGAGAGAGAAUUCGGCGAGUGUUUCCGUUCCGAUUUACUUCCAGUUACCCCGAGUACGAAGUGUACGGAAGCACGGAGAUCGCACAGACUGCGCAACUCAGCAAUCGCUACUCGGACGCCUCGUUGAUGGGAGUGAUCACUGACAUUUACAUUCUCAGCAAAGUCGACUACCUGGUGUGCACUUUCUCCAGUCAGGUUAGUAGGGAACGUACUUGACGUGUCAUGACGUGGCAUUUCGAUUUCAGGUGUGUCGAAUGGGGUAUGAGUUGAGGCAGCCGUCUGGUGCGGACGAUGGCUCCAAGUUCCAUUCUCUCGACGACAUUUACUAUUUUGGAGGACAACAAGGUGAGUUUAUCUCGAGAACCAAUGGUUUUUUGAAAACGUUUUCAUCACAAAAGUUGUUCCAAAUCGUAUGCUUAACAACUUUGUUAUUGAGCAUUUUAUCUUAAAACGUUGUAUUUCUGCGUCUUUUUCAGCGCACGAAGUACGAGUAAUCGAAGAGCACGUGGCACAGAACAGCAAGGAGAUCGACCUGAAAGUGGGCGACAAAGUGGGAAUCGCCGGGAACCACUGGAACGGAUACUCGAAAGGAACCAACCGGCGCACGUUCAAAGAAGGCGUUUUUCCGUCGUACAAAGUGGAAAACGAUUGGAGGAUAUUCAAGUUUGAUGCUCUUUUAGAUUAA